GUCAACUUGACAGAAAUCAUUAACUUCAGUCAGCUGACUAGUCUUGUGAGCAAAAUUCGAUUUUAGAAAUUUCCCAAAAAUUUGCAGAAAAUGUCCGGAAAAGAAAGAUUGCCAAUAUUUCCCUCAAGAGGUGCUCAAAUGUUGAUGAAAGCCAGGCUGAAAGGAGCUCAAAAAGGUCAUAGUUUGCUGAAGAAGAAGGCAGAUGCGCUCCAGAUGCGAUUCAGGAUGAUUUUGGGGAAGAUAAUUGAGACAAAAACUCUCAUGGGAGAAGUCAUGAAGGAAGCAGCUUUCUCACUAGCUGAGGCUAAAUUUGCUACAGGAGACUUCAACCAAGUUGUACUGCAAAAUGUCACCAAGGCUCAGCUCAAAAUUCGUACGAAGAAGGAUAAUGUUGCAGGUGUGACUUUACCAGUUUUUGAAUGUUAUCAAGAUGGUACAGAUACCUAUGAAUUAGCUGGCUUGGCUAGAGGUGGUCAACAACUUGCAAAACUCAAGAAAAACUAUCAAAGUGCUAUCAAGCUUUUAGUUGAGUUGGCUUCUUUGCAAACUUCAUUUGUCACUCUGGACGAUGUCAUCAAAAUAACAAAUAGAAGAGUUAAUGCAAUUGAACAUGUGAUCAUUCCCAGAAUUGAACGCACGUUGGCUUACAUUAUUUCUGAACUGGAUGAAUUGGAAAGAGAAGAAUUCUAUCGUCUGAAAAAGAUUCAAGACAAAAAACGUAUCGCACGUAAGAAACUUGAGGAGGAAAAAGUGGCUUUGGGAAUAUUGGAAAGAGAAAUGGAAGCUGCCAACUUGCUAGAUGAAGGAGACGAAGAUAUAUUGUUCUAGUUUCCAAAUAAAGUAACAUUUUCUGCAGUUUUUUUAUUUGAUGGUAAAUUCAUAUUUAGUUUUUGUGAAGCAAGCAAGAGGUGAGAGCAACAAAAGAUUUGAGAGAAUUGAAAUAGAUAUACAGUUUUCAAGCAGUCAUUUUAGGUGGAUGAAAAGAAGUAUUAUUAAGCCUGCAGGAGUUUAUUUUGUUCAAACUAGGAAAUAUACAUAAUCUUUGUUUUACAUUUAACUGAUAUUGCAUACUGUAUGAUGGAAAUUGAUUGUAUAUAUAUACUUAAAAAAUUGUUCUGAUAAUUUGUCCCAUAAUCAUUUCUUAUAUAUACAUAUUGGUAAAUGUUUCAAGGAAUAACUGAAAAAUAAGUAGCUAAAUUGCUAUAGGAAUAUAACAAGUGAAUGAGUGAUAGUAAAAUUUCAGCAACCAAAACUUUUAUAAUUUGGGACAAAAUAUUUAUUGUUAAAAAAAUUGAUAAUAUUUUCAGUUUAACUGAUGAAUAAAUAGAGUUCCAA